AUGCGACAAGCGUCCAACGUCUUGAUUACUAUGCACUGCAUUCUGACAAUAACAAUCGUUAUCAAUCCACUGAAUCAGGAUCUCGAGGACCUCUUCCAUUGCCCACAUCAUUUCGGUUGGCAGCGAGUGCUGCUUCGAACAGGGACCAUGCUAGCGGUUGUAUUUGUCGGAGAGAGUAUUCCUAGUUUUGGACCCAUACUGGAUCUCAUUGGUGGAUCCACACAGACUUUGGCGUGUGUCAUUUUUCCCGUUUUAUUCUAUGUCUACCUACUUGCUCGACAAAGGAAAGCUGAGAAAUUCAAUAAACAUGAUGAUUCUCCUCCUAGCCUCCGAGAGUAA